AUGCUUGUUGAAUUAGGCUCAAAUCUAUAUUCUAAAGAAGUUGAAGAUCGCCUACCAGUCAGAAAUCCUUUUGGGGUAAAUGUUGAUAGAGAAAUAGCCAUUGAAUCUCAAGCCACUGAAAAGAAACAAUUACCUGCUUCUCGUCAUCAUCCGUCACUAUCAUGGCAAUUGCAGGAGCAACACUCUAUUGAUGAGUUGAAUCGGAAGGCUGGUCACUCGGGCAGAUUUGUGUCCACACUAGGUGCAAUACCAUCCAAUACAAAUUCCUCGACUGCCAGGAUGGGGAAUCAGCCAUACCUGUCAAAUGCAACCACAGGAUUGCCAGGAAUUUCAGGACCAUUUCAUUCGUUGGGAGCUGAAAACCCUUCAGGGCAGUCACCUUUGCGACAGAGGUCUCCAUCACCACCAGAUUCUUCACCUGCCCUUCGCCCUAAUAUUCAGGAUGAUAACUUACAAAGAUCACAACUGAAAACCUUGCAGGGUCCAUUCUCUUCAAUGACUUUUAAGGCUAGGCAUCAGCAGCAAUUGAGCACUUCUCACAAUGAAGUUACUGUUAAGACUGAGAAGCCACCUGUGUCCAAAGUUCCUUUAGCCAGAGAAACUAAAAAUAGCAUGAGUACAGGGAAUCUUUCAACUCGAUUGGGUGUUCGGCUUUCAAGAUCAGAUGGUCCUUCCCCUGUCACAUUAAUUUCGUCAGUUUCCACAAUUUCAUCACCAUCUUCAUUAGGCCCUACCAGUGAUAAUUUAUCUGCCCUCUCAAAAAUACCUCAAAGAAAAGCUGGACAACCACCUAGGGCGUCUACGCUAACUUCUGCUUCCUCUAAUGUCAGCAGUGCUUCAGCACAGACAAGUGAUACCAAUAAUACCUUAAAUCCAAUUGCAAACCUUUUAAGCUCUUUAGUUGCAAAAGGCUUGAUAUCUGCAGAAGCAGAGUCAACAACUAAGGUACCCUCUGAGUUGCUGAGUAGAUUAGAAGAAGAACGUGAUAGCAUUACCACUAGUAGCUCUUUGCCUGUGGCCUCAGUUUCUGGUUCUGCAGCUGUCCCAGUCCAUUCUAUCAAAGAUGACGUAGAUGACACUGCAAGAACACCCAUAUCCUUGUCUGAAUCAACCAGCCCAGGAAUUGUAAAUCUCAUUGGGUUCGAGUUUAAGCCUGAUGUAAUCCGAGAAUUCCAUUCAUCUGUUAUUAGUGGAUUAUUUGAUGAUCUUCCACACCAUUGCAGCAUUUGUGGCUUUAGGCUUAAAUUCCAAAAACAGUUCAAUAGACACUUGGAGUGGCAUGCCAGUAGGGAAAGAGAAGAUAAUGGUUUAAUUAAGGCAUCAAGAUGGUAUUUGAAGUCAAGUGACUGGAUUGCUGGCAAGGCUGAAUAUCUAUCUGAGAAUGAGUUUGCUGAUUCUGUAGAUACAUAUGGUAAGGAAGCAGACAUAAGUCAAGAGGAUGCUAUGGUUGUAGCAGAUGAAAACCAAUGCUUGUGUGUGUUGUGUGGUGAGCUGUUUGAAGAUUUUUACUGUCAGGAAAGUGGUGAGUGGAUGUUCAAAGAGGCUGUUUACUUGGCUUACUCUGAUAGCAACAGUGAGCUGGUAAUUAGAGAUACGAGUACUGGAAGGGGUCCCAUCAUUCAUACAAGUUGCUUAUCAGAUAACUUGAUUUCCAGUGUCCUUGAGAUGUUAAAACUUGCCAAUGUGAUAUUAACUCGCGAUAUGUUCCAAGAGACUAAAAUAGCGUAA